AGUGGGGAGCCCGGGAGAGAACCCAGCUUGCUUGGGUCUUGGGGGAGGCGGUGGUGGCUCUGGAGAAGGAAGAGGAGUGGGGCGGGAGGAGGCAGCGGCGGCGAUCCCGCCAGGGUGAUGGUACAGGUGCCCGGGCCCGGCGCGGAGCUGCCGCGCUGAAGGACGACGGGUCCGGAGUCCGCAGCGCCGCCGCGUCGCUCCCGGGGACGGGCGAGCGGGCGGGAAGAUGCUGAGCAGGUUGAUGAGCGGCAGCAGCAGGAGUCUGGAGCGCGAGUACAGCUGCACCGUGCGGCUGCUGGACGACAGCGAGUACACCUGCACCAUCCAGAGAGAUGCCAAAGGCCAGUACCUGUUUGACCUCCUUUGCCACCACCUGAACCUACUUGAGAAAGACUACUUUGGGAUUCGUUUUGUGGACCCAGAUAAGCAGCGGCAUUGGUUGGAGUUUACAAAGUCAGUGGUGAAGCAACUGAGAUCCCAGCCUCCGUUUACCAUGUGCUUCCGGGUGAAGUUCUACCCUGCGGACCCUGCUGCUCUGAAGGAAGAGAUAACCAGGUACUUAGUCUUCCUGCAGAUCAAAAGGGAUCUCUACCAUGGCCGUCUCCUCUGUAAGACAUCGGAUGCCGCCUUGUUAGCAGCCUAUAUCCUUCAAGCGGAGAUUGGGGAUUACGACCCAGGAAAGCACCCUGAGGGCUACAGCUCCAAGUUCCAAUUUUUCCCAAAGCAUUCAGAGAAACUGGAAAAGAAAAUCGCUGAGAUUCACAAGACUGAACUCAGUGGUCAAACACCAGCAACAUCAGAGCUGAAUUUCUUGAGAAAGGCACAGACAUUAGAGACCUAUGGAGUGGACCCUCACCCGUGUAAGGACGUGUCUGGAAAUGCUGCGUUUCUGGCCUUCACUCCUUUCGGGUUUGUUGUUCUUCAAGGAAACAAGAGGGUCCACUUCAUUAAGUGGAAUGAGGUGACCAAACUGAAAUUUGAAGGAAAGACUUUCUAUUUAUAUGUAAGUCAGAAAGAGGAAAAGAAAAUUAUUCUCACGUAUUUUGCUCCAACUCCAGAAGCCUGCAAGCACCUCUGGAAAUGUGGAAUUGAGAAUCAAGCCUUCUACAAGCUGGAGAAGUCAAGCCAAGUUCGCACAGUGUCCAGCAGCAAUCUGUUCUUCAAAGGGAGCCGGUUCCGAUACAGUGGCCGGGUUGCAAAGGAAGUCAUGGAGUCAAGUGCCAAGAUCAAACGGGAGCCACCAGAAAUCCAUAGAGCAGGGAUGGUUCCCAGCCGCAGCUGUCCCUCCAUAACCCACGGCCCACGGCUGAGCAGUGUCCCCAGGACACGAAGAAGAGCUGUCCACAUCUCCAUCAUGGAAGGCCUGGAGUCCCUACGAGACAGUGCCCAUUCCACACCAGUGCGGUCCUCUUCCCAUGGGGACACCUUCCUGCCUCACGUGAGGAGCAGCCGGGCAGACAGCAAUGAGCGUGUAGCUGUGAUUGCAGAUGAGGCCUACAGCCCCGCAGACAGCGUGCUACCCACCCCUGUAGCCGAGCACAGCCUGGAGCUGAUGCUGCUUUCCCGGCAGAUCAAUGGAGCCACGUGCAGCAUUGAGGAGGAGAAGGAGUCUGAGGCCAGCACCCCAACUGCAGCAGAGGUGGAGGCCCUUGGAGGAGAGCUGAGGGCCCUGUGUCAGGGGCACGGCGGGCCAGAGCAAGAACAGGUGAAUAAGUUUGUUUUAAGUGUCCUCCGUUUGCUCCUUGUGACCAUGGGGCUCCUCUUUGUUUUGCUCCUCCUCCUGAUCAUCCUCACUGAGUCUGACCUUGACAUUGCCUUUUUCCGAGAUAUCCGCCAGACCCCUGAGUUUGAACAAUUCCACUAUCAAUACUUUUGUCCCCUCAGGCGAUGGUUUGCCUGCAAAAUCCGCUCAGUGGUGAGCCUGCUCAUUGACACCUGAGAAGGCAUGACUCCUCCCAAUAACUAGUCAGGUGGACCAUGGAACCCGGCUACCCAGUCCCAGCAAUGGGACCCAUCGCGGAACCAUCGGCACACGCCAAGUCCUCCUCUCAUGACUCAAAGCCCACUGCAGCCUAGGAGGGUUGUUUCCCAGAAGAAGAAAGAGACAUAGGCUAAAGCCCUGUAAAGAAACUGGGAAAACUCAAUUUCUUCAGAGGCUCUUGCAAGAAAAGGCUCAGCAACUCUUAUGUUUCUCAUCCUUCAAUAUGCAGGAAAAUUUUUGGGUUCGAACUUUAAUUUUUCAUAGAUGUGUAUUAUUUUGAAAGUAUCCAAAUAAAAAUAAUUUAUUUUACUAUACUGAUUAUUGCGGUAGUGUCGCCUGGUAGACGGGACACUAGCUGAAGACAGCUGUCGCCCUCUGUACCCUGCAGCCUUCUCACUGGUCCCACUGGGUUCGGGAGACCCAGCGAGGCAGGCCAGGGUUGUGGACAGCCAGGAUCGCUGAGGUUUAUUUGCCAGACAGAAGGGUUAACAAAGUAAACACCUGUGCAGAAUAAUUAAACUAGAAAGUUGCUUCUUACGAUGGUCUGAGUUGAAUUUUCUUUUCCUUUUGUUUUCCCACAUCUGAGCAGAGUGGGCAUCUGAAGGGACCGCCGCUACAGCAGCAGCAGCAGCAGGGGUGGGGUAAGUCUGUCCCCUUAGACUAGAGCCUAGUGGACAUCACUCAGUUUUAUUUCAUGAUUUUUUUUUCCCCUGAAGAACCUCCAGACUCUUCUAGCGCUUCUGGGUGUUGAACGAAGUCAGUGGCAGCAGCGUGCACUGCUGGAAAUGCCCUGCGGCGUAGUCACCAGGACUUGUGCUAAGCCGCCUGAGCGCCUGUGGGGCAGAGAGCGGUACUUGUUUUGUACAGUGUGCUCUUCCAAAAAAAAAGGACUAUUUCAAGCUCUAUUUUAACAGCAAAAUGUUAUUUUCUUAUCUAUUCGUAUUUUUUUUUUUACUUUAUGGAUUAAGAAAAUAGAACCUGAUGAUGAUCUUUAGAUGCGAGAGAAACAGAUCUGAGGAGAACAGCGAGCGCAAGCAGCAACCUUGGAAGGGCCGGGAGACACUCUAAACAGAAUCAAGUGAUGCCUACAAGAGGCAGGAUUUGACCAUGGCAGAGAUCAACACUUACUGUAGAAAUGCCACCCACAGGGUCAGCCUCUGCUCCUGGAAAUAAGGCCACGGAAUACUUGGAGGGCAUCACUCACAGCAGCACAGGACCACACUAAGGUGAGGAGUCCCCAGGCCUCUGCACUUGAAAACAACCACACACACGAUCUUGUUUCCAUCUCAGGGAGAGAUUGCUAAGUCAUCCGGGGCCCGAGGACUUAUUUAAAGGACUGCCAAGGGGCACAGUCCUGGGACCCAGACCAGAACGAAGGUAAACAGCCUCAAAUCCCAAAUGCAGAGCCGAUUGGACUGCAGUACAUUUGAGCUCCUCAUGUUCUCACCUGUGGUGGUAAAACCAUGCCCAUGUUCAGCCAGUGGUUUGCAGGAUGCCGGGGUAGAUACGGAAUUUUACUAGAUGUCAGCAAACCUCUUUUAAUAAAGUUUUGGUUUGUGGACCGUUCUCUGCCAUCCUAGCACACCUCUGAUAAUGUAUGCAUAAAGGAACAUGGCUUGUUCCAAGAAAACAUUUAAAAAAAAAAGUGUAAUUCUGAGGAUGGAGCUCAGUGGGCAGAGUACACGCCUAGCAUUCCUAAUGCCCUGAUUUCAUCACGAACACUGAAUACUGUGUGGUGGCAUAUACCUGUGAUCCCAGCAUUCAAGUGCAGACAGGAGGAGCAGAAGUUCAAGGUCAUACCAGUUACAUAGUAGUUCAAGGUCAGUCUGGGAUUCAUAAAACCCUGGCUCGGACUGCCAGUCUCCCACUUCCAAAACAACACCCACCCCCCCCAAAAAAAACCUCGGCAAUAUGCUGAAAUUGGCCCACAGCCAUAAGAUUGCAGACCCUGACCUACACAAUACAACUACCACACGUUAGCAAGAGGGCCAGCUUCGAUUCCUGUCUCGUGUAAGACCCAGAACCGUUUCCCCAAGGGGGCUUUGCCGGGUGCCCCACCCACCAGCAGUGACGUCACAUCUGAUGCAAGGAUCAAGUUCUGCCACUCGGAACAGCGGUGCCGCUCAGAAUGGACACAGACCUAUUUGAUCAUUUCCAUACCAGCAAGAAUUUGGGUAAAACCUAAUACAUACUUACCACAUGACAAGACAAACUGAGGGGAUCCUAGUUAAGACUAGAGAUCGCUUCAAAGCAAAGAGCCACUGCCAUCUGUCAGCUGCAGAGCACCGGACUCAGGUCAAAGUCCCCUAGAGAUGCAAAGGCUGCUGGGAAGCAGGGCUGGUGUGAACUGGGAUUUCUAUUUUUAUGCAACAUAGCAGAUUGCCUUCUAGUGUAGUGCUCCUACCUCAGUUUGUAGAACACAGCGUCUAUGCAGUGAGUGGUAGCCUCGCCUCUGACCCUUCACAGCCACGAGAGGGAGGCAGCCUGCCAUUGCCUGGUGUGUUUCUUAUGUCUAGAGCCCUAACAGUGGUCCUUGCCAUUUCCGACAUCUGGUCAACCUUCAGGUUGUUUUUUUUCCCCAAGGCUUAUCCCAGAAAAUAAGGACAGAAAAGGCUUCCUUCGAUUUGGCUCCCAAAUAGUUUUCAAUAGUUCAACAACAAAGCCCCGUUAUUGGUGACGAGCGCUUUUCAGUAUUUCCCCGUCAUUAAAAAGUUCUGUUUUCAGUCUGGU